ACUGUCUAUAAGUUUAUUUUAAUGACAAUUGUUCAGUCAUAAAAAUAUUGUUUUGUGUUUUAAUGCAUUGAGAAUUUGAAAAAUUAGUCUCUAUUUGACAUUUUUAAACUCUUAACAUGUGUCGUAAAAAUUCUCUUUAAUGUUUUCCUUAGUUAAAUAUACUGCUACUGUUAAAAUAAUUAUAUUAUUUGUCCAACAACAUACUGUUGUUAUUUUAAUCAUAAUUAUUUUAAGUUUAAAUUAUUAUAUAUGCAAGUGGUCUACAUAAUAAUAAGAACUAAAAAAUUUAAUCGUGCAUUUAAUAUUUCAUAUUUAAUUUUUUUAUAGAUAUAUUGGUUUUGAUAAAUAGAAAAAUGGAAGACGUAGACAACUUUUUUUCAUUUAUUUUAUUAGGAAUUACUGAAUAAGUAAAUGUAUUAAAUUAAUUGAAAAAAUAUAUACGGAAAUCUUUGUAAUAUUAAUCAUGGUUAAUUGAAAACUAAUUGAUUUGAAUAAUUAUCUUAAGUAAUCAUUUGUUUUUAAAUUAAAUUGUAUUAAAUUUAUAAUUAAAAACAAAACAUCAACAGGAAUGGAAGAAGUCAAGUGAAGGAGAUGAUUAUGCAUUCCCACAGACACGAAGAGAUUAGAUUGCAAUAUAUAUAAAAAUUAUUAUGUAAUAAUAAAGUUGAAAAAUAUGCAUGUUCUUUCUUCCUUUGUUAAAAGCUGAGACACACUUACUCCUCCAUUGUUACUGCACCUUUCUCGGAUCUCUCUCACACCCUUUCCCUCCUUUCUUCCUCUUCAACGUUUUCCCUGCCCAAGUGAGACAUGGCGCAAAUUCUGCUUCAUGGAACUCUUCAUGCCACCAUCUAUGAGGUUGAUAAGCUCAAUGCUGGUGGUGGUGGCAAUUUUUUGAGCAAGCUCAAGCAAAACAUUGAGGAGACUGUUGGUAUUGGAAAGGGAGUUACUAAACUCUAUGCAACCAUUGAUCUGGAGAAGGCAAGAGUGGGAAGGACUAGAAUUAUAGAAAAUGAACAUACUAAUCCCAGAUGGUAUGAGUCUUUUCAUAUUUAUUGUGGCCAUAUGGCUUCGAAUAUUGUAUUCACUGUGAAAGAUGAUAAUCCUAUUGGGGCAACUUUAAUUGGAAGAGCAUAUGUGCCUGUUUCGGAGGUCUUGGAUGGUGAGGAAAUAGAUAGGUGGGUUGAAAUCUUGGAUGAGGAUAAAAAUCCAAUACGCGAAGGUUCAAAAAUCCAUGUGAAGCUGCAAUAUUUUGAUGUCACAAAAGACCGUAACUGGGCUCAAGGCAUUAAAAGUGCUAAAUUCCCUGGUGUUCCCUAUACUUUCUUCUCACAGAGGAAAGGAUGUAAGGUGUCUCUAUACCAAGAUGCUCAUGUGCCAGAUAAUUUUGUCCCUAAAAUACCUCUUGCUGGAGGAAAGACUUAUGAGCCUCAUAGGUGUUGGGAGGAUAUUUUUGAUGCAAUAACGAAUGCAAAACACUUGAUAUACAUUACUGGUUGGUCUGUUUAUACUGAAAUUUCAUUGGUAAGGGAUUCUAGAAGGCCUAAGGCUGGGGGGGACGCAACACUUGGUGAGCUUCUUAAGAAAAAAGCAAAUGAAGGUGUUAGGGUAUUGAUGCUUGUUUGGGAUGAUAGAACAUCAGUUGGUUUGUUGAAAAAAGAUGGAUUGAUGGCUACUCAUGAUGAAGAAACCGUGCAGUUCUUCAAUGGCACCGAGGUGCACUGUGUUUUAUGCCCCCGCAAUCCUGAUGAUGGUGGCAGCAUUGUUCAGGAUUUACAAAUUUCUGCCAUGUUUACUCAUCACCAGAAGAUUGUGGUGGUUGACAGUGAAUUGCCUAAUGGAGGGUCAAAUAAGCGAAGAAUUGUGAGCUUUGUUGGGGGUAUUGACCUUUGUGAUGGAAGAUAUGACACUGCUUUCCACUCACUUUUCAGAACCCUAGACACGGCACACCAUGAUGAUUUUCAUCAGCCUAACUUUCCUGGUGCUGCAAUCACAAAAGGUGGUCCCAGGGAACCUUGGCAUGACAUCCACUCCCGACUCGAGGGACCCAUAGCUUGGGAUGUUUUGUUUAACUUUGAGCAGAGAUGGAGGAAGCAAGGUGGGAAGGACCUACUUGUUCCACUGAGAGAGCUUGAAGAUGACAUCAUUCCUCCAUCCCCAGUAAUGUUUCCUGAAGAUCAUGAGACAUGGAAUGUUCAGUUAUUUAGAUCAAUUGAUGGGGGGGCUGCUUUUGGGUUCCCAGAGACUCCUGAAGAUGCUGCCAAAGCUGGACUUGUUAGUGGGAAGGAUAAUAUCAUAGAUCGUAGCAUUCAAGAUGCUUAUAUUCAUGCUAUUCGACGUGCAAAGAAUUUCAUCUAUAUUGAAAAUCAGUAUUUCCUUGGCAGCUGUUUUGCAUGGAGUGCCGAUGGAAUUAAGCCUGAAGAUAUCGGCGCCUUGCAUCUAAUCCCGAAGGAACUAUCACUUAAGAUUGUAAGUAAGAUUGAAGCUGGGGAAAGGUUUGCCGUGUAUGUUGUGGUCCCAAUGUGGCCAGAGGGUGUCCCAGAAAGUGCAUCAGUUCAGGCAAUAUUGGACUGGCAGAAGAGAACAAUGGAGAUGAUGUACAAGGACGUUAUUCAAGCACUCAGGGCCAAGGGAAUUGAGGAAGAUCCUCGGAACUAUUUAACUUUCUUCUGCCUUGGCAAUCGCGAGGUGAAGAAACAGGGAGAAUAUGAGCCUUCUGAACAACCAGAACCUGAUUCAGAUUAUAUGAGAGCCCAAGAGGCUCGACGUUUCAUGAUUUAUGUCCACACCAAGAUGAUGAUAGUUGAUGAUGAAUACAUAAUCAUUGGAUCUGCCAACAUCAACCAGAGGUCCAUGGAUGGUGCUAGGGACUCUGAGAUUGCCAUGGGCGCUUAUCAGCCCUAUCAUUUGGCUACCAGGCAGCCGGCACGGGGUCAAAUCCAUGGCUUCCGCAUGUCAUUGUGGUAUGAGCACCUCGGCAUGCUUCACGACUCCUUCAACCGGCCGGAAAGUGACGAAUGCAUUAGUAAGGUGAACCAGAUUGCUGAUAAAUAUUGGGAUCUCUAUUCUAGUGAGACACUUGAACAUGACCUUCCCGGUCACCUGCUCCGAUAUCCUAUCGGAGUUGCCAGUGAAGGUGAUGUCACAGAGCUGCCAGGAUUUGAGUUCUUCCCUGACACCAAGGCGCGCAUUCUUGGUGGCAAAGCUGACUACCUCCCCCCUAUCCUCACUACCUAGUUUGAUUUUGUACUCUGUUAUAAAACUCUGAUUGCUUACAUCGUAAUUAAUCUGUGUUUUCAUCACUGCAUAGUAAUAAUCUUGAUAUAGUACGUGAUGCCUGGUGGAGAAGUUUUUGUUUUUCUGAAGAUGUCUAUGACAGGUUUUAGUUAUCCGAUGUUGUUGCCUGCUAUGACUUUGACUGGUUUCUAAUUAGCGUUUCCUUUCUCCCACAAUGUCUUUGUUGUUUUUCUACCUGUUUUCUGGUUUAAAUUAUUCUCACCAAGCUUGUCCCCGUUUUCCUUUAGAAUGAUUUGGGUAGUGAAAGCAAUCGAUAUAAACGCAAAUUCAACAAGUAUGGCAUAAAUUUUAUCUUAUU